UACUCACUCAUAUAGACAUACAACAUAGGACAAACCCACUAAAAUAUGUGCAUCUAGAAUUCUUAUAUCUUGGAGAAUCAAGAAAAUACAUUAUAUUUUCUAUGUAUAAUAAGCCCUUUACCAAUGUCUCUACAUCAGUGGUGAUUCUGGGUCAUCCAUCAUGCUGCUGGUUAUCUUACAGUACGGUUUUCCAUUUCUUGGACCUUUCUGAGUAGUGUAUACUUCUCCUUUGGUAGCUGUUGACUUACCUUUUUGUCCCCUCUCACAGUUUUCAAUUUUCAGCCUUCAGUUAAUUCAGGCAGGCUUACUCUGGCCUGCUUCAAUUUCAUCUCUUCUUUUAAGUAAGAAAGGUAUUUCUUUAGAAUUAUUUUUUGAAGAUUUGCCUGAGUUUACUGAAGUACUAUUUAGCUACACUAAAGUGUAUAUUUGAAAUACACUGUUUUAUUGCUUUUGCCCUAUUUAACCAGAACAUCUAAGGCAGCGUUUCAACCACCCACCUUGAAAGGACUUUGUGCCCUUUUUAGUCUGCUCCUCUCUCCAUCCAUCCCCACACAACCACUGGUACAUUGUCGGCACAUGGACAGUUUCUAUUUUCUAGCUUGUAUAUAAAUCAUGGGCCAUGUUCUCUUUUUGCCUGGCGCCUUUAAGUUUCUUUUCUGUUGUUGCUUUUGUUAACUAGUGUGUCUUUAUUGCCCAACAAUAUCCCAGAAGUGUUUUUAGUUAUUUUUAUUGGACUACUUGUUUAAUGUUACUAUAAUGAAAUACCUGGAAUGAAGCAUUUGUGAAGACGAGAUUUUUUGGCACAUGGUUUUGGAGUCAUCAGGAAGUAGAGUUGACAUGGCUGUCUUCUCUGGCUAGGCCUCAUGGCAUCACAAUAGCAGGAAGGGGGGGUAAUCAUGAGAAUGGGCACAAAAGCAAAAGGAGGAGCCAGAAUUUUUUUUUUUUUCCCAUCAACAUUCUUCAACAACUGACUCAGGGUCCUUCAAACAUCCCCUUACUCCCUUUAACAGGUGGCACUUCUGUGACCUCCCAGGAAGUGCCACCCCAAGUUUAAAAUUUCCCAACUCCCAAUACCAUCACUUCCCUGAGGGCUAUGCUUUAACACUGGGACCGCUGCGGGACAAACUCAGAUCAAGCCCAGACUCAUGGUGACUUGAAGCUGCUCAUCUUUGACUCUAACAACCCUCAACAACCCUACAAACACCCAAAGCAUUUGGAGCUUUGUGCUUUCCUUUCCUUUACGUAAGUACCUGUAAUUGUACGAUGGCUGAGUUGUGCAGGGAAUGCGCUUUUAACUUUCAAAGAACAGUCAAGCUAGUCUGCAAAGCAGCAGUACCAACGUCUGCUCCCAACCAGUGAUAUGUGGAAGUUUCAUUUGUUCUGUAUUCUCAGCAGUUUGAUCAUCGGUCAUCUGAAACGUCCAUCUUGGAAUGUGUGCACUUGUCCAGGUGGCACACUUCUGUUUAUCUACCUGUUGUAGUCAUUUACCUCACCUCCCAGGGUAUUCUUGUCAAGUGAGGCCAGCAAUGCCUGGAAAUGAAGCUGACAGACAGUCGGCAGCAGUUGUGGAGAGCGUCAGGUCAGCUGGACAAUCCUUAGCGAGGAUGCAGACCUGCUCGAGUUUCAGGAACCCUGAAUAUGCAGGACAAGCGCACCUCUGAGGGAAGAUUCCAGCCUGCCCCAGGCGGCCCUGGAUGGCUUCACGUAGGACAAAAUUAGAGCUUGAUCACAGCUUAAGUUUCAGACAAGCAGACCGGCUCACAAGCUCGCUGGUGAGACAUUCUUAUUGCCCGCCCAGUCCCUAAGCCCCGCCCUGGAUCCCGCUCCACCGGACCCACCAAUGGUCCCGCCCCUGCCGCUCGCGCCCCGCCCCUACGUGCCGCGGGGAGGCGGGAGGAGCAGUUGGCCCGGAGGAGGCGUGGCCGUGCCGGCGGAGGCGCGGGCGGGCGGUGCGACCUGACUUCAGCUGUGACACCCUCGGAGAGCGGCGGCGGCGGCGGUGCGCGGCGCGGGGCUCCGGACGCGUUCCGCCGUCUCCCGCAUCCCGAGUUGGGUGGCGGACUUGGCCUGGAUCAACGCAGCGGCGACACCGCUAGUCCCGGUGCAGCUUCGGCCGCUGCACUGGCGCUCAGGAGCAACCCUGCCUGCCCCGGGAGAGCGGCUCUGAGAGUUUCCCCCGGAGAAAGAGCCGGGACGCGCGCAUAGAGCCACAGGGGACCCGGAGCCGACCCCAGCAGAGCGGCGGAGAGGCGGCCCAGCAAAAGAGCUGUUCUGUGUUGGAUGGCCAUGGGGAGCACCCUGGGCUGCCAUCGCUCUAUCCCCAGAGACCCCUCGGACCUGUCCCAUAACCGCAAAUUCAGUGCAGCCUGCAACUUCAGCAACAUCCUAGUGAAUCAGGAGCGGCUGAACAUCAACACGGCCACUGAGGAGGAACUGAUGACCUUGCCUGGGGUGACACGUGCAGUGGCCCGAAGCAUCGUGGAGUACCGAGAGUAUAUUGGCGGCUUCAAGAAGGUGGAAGACCUAGCGCUGGUCAGUGGCGUAGGCGCCACCAAAUUGGAACAGGUCAAGUUUGAGAUCUGCGUGAGCAGCAAGGGUAACUCUGCUCAGCACUCUCCCAGUUCCCUGAGGCGGGAUCUGCUGGCUGAGCAGCAGCCUUAUCACCUGGCCACCGCUGUACCCCUCACUCCACGAGUCAAUAUCAACACAGCCACCCUUGCUCAGCUCAUGAGUGUCCGGGGCCUCACCGAGAAGAUGGCGGUUAGCAUCGUGGACUACCGCCGGGAACAUGGGCCUUUUCGCAGUGUCGAGGACCUGGUGAGGAUGGAUGGAAUCAAUGCAGCCUUCCUGGAUAGAAUAAGACACCAGGUGUUUGCAGAGAGGUCCAGGCCCCCAUCUACCCACACCAAUGGAGGUCUUACCUUUACUGCCAAACCUCAUCCUAGUCCCACGUCUCUGAGCCUGCAGAGCGAGGACUUGGACCUGCCACCAGGGGGCCCCACGCAGAUUAUCUCCAUGAGGCCCUCUGUGGAGGCCUUUGGAGGUAUGAGGGAUGGGCGACUCGUGUUUAGGCUGGCCACCUGGAACUUGCAGGGUUGCUCUGUGGAGAAGGCCAAUAACCCGGGGGUCCGAGAGGUGGUGUGCAUGACGCUUCUGGAAAACAGCAUCAAACUUCUAGCUGUGCAAGAACUGCUUGACAAAGAAGCCCUGGAAAAGUUCUGUACAGAGCUAAACCAGCCAAUCCUGCCCAACAUCCGCAAGUGGAAGGGGUCCCGAGGAUGCUGGAGAUCUGUUGUUGCUGAGAAGCCUUCAAGUCAGCUCCAGAAGGGCCCCUGCUACUCUGGAUUCCUGUGGGACACGGCAGCUGGAGUGGAGCUGAGAGACAUCCCUGGACAGGAGGGCUCACCCAGCAAUGGUCACAGGAAGGCUGUGGGUCCCAGCCCGUUCCUUGCAAGGUUCAAGGUUGGUAGUAAUGACUUGACCCUGGUUAACCUCCAGCUGACAGCCCUGGCCCUCCCAGGAGCUGAGAAUUCAAGCAAGAAUCACAGCGAUGGCCACCGGUUGUUGAACUUUGCACUGACCCUACAGGAAACCCUGAAAGGAGAAAAAGAUGUUGUUAUUUUAGGCGAUUUUGGCCAAGGGCCAGAUAGCAGUGACUAUGAUAUCCUAAGGAGAGAAAAGUUUCACCACCUGGUCCCGGCUCACACCUUCACCAACAUUAGUACCAGGAAUCCUCAAGGAUCGAAAUCUGUGGACAACAUCUGGAUCAGCAAAAGCCUAAAGAAAGUGUUCACAGGCCACUGGGCUGUUGUGAGAGAAGGUCUUACAAACCCUUGGAUCCCAGAUAACUGGUCCUGGGGUGGAGUUGCUUCUGAACACUGUCCUGUGCUUGCUGAGUUGUACAUGGAAAAGGACUGGAGCAAGAAGGAGGUCCCCAGGAAUGGCAGUGGAGUCACCUUAGAGCGAAGUGAAGCCAACAUUAAGCAUGAGCGAUGAUGACAUCACUGUUUCCACCCUCUGACUCAGGAGGGCAUAGGAAGGAGCAGGCACUACAGAGCGAGAAGACCCAGGGCCUUUGAAUCAUCAUUUUGAGGACCUGAGUCUCGGCCCCUGGACCACUGCCUACUUUGUGAACACUUUAGAACCUCUCCUGAGAAGAGCCUGUCAGGCUCUGGCUAUGUUGGGCAUCACGACGAAGCUGGCUGGAACUGCAACGUCUUGACCCUGGGUAGCUGAGUUCAGGCUUGGGGUGGGGGCUGUGCCGCUGGCUGCAUUGUGUGGCAGCAUGAGAAUAGCAACAGAGGUAAAGCAGAGAUGGGGGAGAUGGCUCAGGCUGACAAGCAUUGCCAUGGCUCUCUUUCUGUCUCACCAGGAUGUGAUGUUCUUGCCAACAAAUUCCAGGAAGCCUUUUUGUUGUUGUUGUUUUUUGAAUUUGAAAUUAAACUUUAGUCUUUUCAGAGUAAUGUGAUUUAGAAAUAGGGGUUAAAAGACAAUACAAAAGAGAGAAAUCAGACAAAGACAAGGACAGACAGACAGAAGAAAGCUGGUGAUAGGCUUUGGUUAGAUCUCCAUCUUAGAGAUGAGAUCAUCACAGAUCCUGGACAGCUCAUCAUUUUCUUUAGUCUUCUGCUCCACAGUUUUUUCCAGUGAGUGGAUCUGCAUCUGUGCCUUUGUCAGGCUUGCCUGGAAAGCCAGUGCCUCUGCUUGGGUCUUCCUGCAUACUUAGGCGAUCUCCUCAUUUGCGAGCUUGAGCUUUUCUUCUGCAUGGGCUUUCAGCGCCUGAUACCUCUGGCCUUCCUUUCCAGUUUUCACUAUAUAUUCCUCAACAUGCUUCUUCAAUGACUCUUCAUUCUUGCGGUAGCCUUCAAUCACUUCCUUUUGCUUCUCAAAGCGCUUGAAAAGGUCGGAGGAUUUCCCCAUAGAGCUCAGGUCUGCAGUGAGCUCAUCUCUCUCCUUUAGGACCUUGUGGAUUGUGUUUUCACCCAGUUCCUUCUGUUUCUCCGCCUCCUCCAUUGACUUGUACACAGUCUUCUCAAACUCCAGGAAGCUUUUAACUGUGAUGAAUAUAAUUCUCAAACGGUUUUAGUUUUGUUUUGAAAAACUAAAAAAUAAACAGAUUAAUCUGCCUGGCUGCAGUCAGGGUGUUGGGUGGGUUGCCUUGCUCUCUCACCUUAGUCAGUUCCUGUCUGUGGGCCAUGCCACCCACUGCCAAAUGCCUUUUCCUAAUGUACCCUACCCUAUAAAGGCACCUCUCACAUGCCUAAUUAUCUGGAUUAUCUCGUCCCUUCCAUUUUCUCCUUCAUCUAUACCUUGUCAAGUUUUCUCCUUGGAGGACCACUUAGCGUCUGGACUUUAGUGUAGGACAUGGUUUCUAUACUCAUUUCCUUCCACUUUCCCCACAAACUCUAUUCUUAGAUUAGAACCUUCCUUGGCUGAUUCUGAGGCAUACAUGGUCUUUGUGUCAGCAGACCACUUACAAAUCCAGACAACCACAGAUGAAAACAUAAUUUUUAAAUUGUGUCUGAGCUUAACAAAUACAGUUCUUGUCAUUAUCCCUAAAAUAAUAUGGCAUAACAGCUAUUUUAUAAGACUUAUAUGUGUUGGGUGUCAUCAUAUCAUGUAGAUGGUUUAAUCUGUGUGAGAAGGUGUGUGCAGGCUACAUGCAAAUACUAUACCAUUUUGGGUAAGGGACUUGAAGAUACAUGGACUUUGGGUUUCAGAAGGAAGGGUCUGGGGACCAGUUUCCUAUGGAUGCUAAGGAAUGAUUGAUGAUUCAGGGUAUGCAGGAGGCUAAACCUGGGUGUAUCACUGAGGUGGUAGCUGUGAGUGUGUGUGUGUGUGUGUGUGUGUGUGUGUGUGUGUGUGUGUGUUGGGGGGUGUUUGUGGGAGAGCUUGGAAGGCAAGCAAGAACAAGCUGACUUCUCUGAGGCCCCUUUCUCUGAGCCUGAGUCAGGUUUGGUUUAUCUUUAGGCACAUCAUUCUACUAUUACAGUGACUCUAGGGUUAUGCUGCCCAUUUCACAGUUCCUGAUAGUCACCCAACCAAGGAAUAAAGUGUUCAAACAAGGAUUCUCUGAAUCUAAAACCCACUCAUAGUGUCAACUCCAUGCUUAUCAUGUAUGAAGCAUUAUAAAAAUAAAGCUUAAAUCUUA